AUGGCGGCGCAAAGGUUGAUCAUUGAAGGCUUCGAAGCGGUGAGGGUCCGUAUUCCCAGGAAGGGGACGUACUACCACUGUGCGGGGACCUUGAAGCAUUACGAUGGGGUUGUGGUGAAGAUUCACGCAGGAGGUCUUACGGGACUUGGAGAGCUGAGCAUGCUCUUUCCAGAUCGCACAGGCACCACACCCGGCACUGCCCUUGACAUCUUCAAAAACUAUGUAGCUCCGAGACUCCUUGGCCAAGAUGCGUUAGCCAUGCGUAAUACAUGGAGCAACUUGGUGAAGCUGGGCUCAGAUGCACAUGCCUUCCCUUACCAUCGGGCAGCCGUUGACGUUGCAGUUCACGAUCUCGCGGCGAAGGCCUUAGGCGUGCCGGUACAUCAGCUCCUUGGGGAAGAGCCGAACGGCUCUCCGGAAGGUGGCAUGACAGUGGGAAGAAGCAUCAGCACUGCUGGAGGUUCGCUUGUGCCAACAGCCCUGGACUACCUUGCCAACGACAAUUAUGCCAGCUUCACAAUCAAGGGCAGCGACAACGUUGACGAGGAUGUUGAGCGUUUCAAGGAGCUUCGAGAGGUGCUUGGACCGGACUUCCCCUUGGAGGUUGACCCUAAUCAAGCGUACACCGCUGACGAAGCCAUGAGGCUGGUCAAGGCGUUGGACAACCACAACCUCGCGGUGCUUGAGCAGCCCUGCGCAUGGUGGGACAUGGAAACAUCAGCUCAAGUGCAGGCGGCCGCAAAGGACGUGCCUGUGGUUGUGGACGAGGGGGCCAUUUUCCCGUGGGAAAUCCGCCGAGUAGCUCAGAUGAAGGCUGGGCGUGGAAUCACGCUGAAGGUGGCUCGCGGCGGCUUCACGGGGUGUUCCUUAAAUUACAAGACGGCUCUGGAACAUGGGCUCUUCUGCAAUGUCGGCUCCAAGCAUACGAUGGGAGUCGGGACAGCAGCCAUUGCACAUUUCUGCGCCGCACACCCAGGAGUGUACCAGCCGAUUGGUUACGGAUCACCUCGUGAACGGUUCGUGGACGACAUCAUCAAAGGCGGCAUCAACUUCCAGAAAGGUCGAUUGUACGUGCCGGAAGGCCCAGGUCUGGGAGUGGAGCUAGACGAGGCGAAGCUGUUGGAAUACCGAGUGGGACAUCCUCUCACUGUUGGGCUGGUCCGCAAUCCCCUGGACCUCUCGAACAGCAUCCCUCUGCCAACCGCCGGCCCAAAAAUGUGGCCGGCGCAAUUGCAUGUGUAG